CAGAAUAAAACAAUGACGCUUAAAGAAGCAUCAGAAGCGCAACUGCUUCUUCUUCUUCUUCUUCUCUUUUCUUUUUUUUAAUUAAAAUUGCUAACCACCCCUUAAGCAACCAUGGAUAAUGGUGGUCUUAAAACUUUGGUUUUUAGAAAGCUUCAUCAGCUCACUUUUUUUUGAAAAGGCUAUCGCGAGUCGGUCGUCACUUUAUAUGGCGCUAACUUUGGAGUUCUCCACACUCAAGGUUCUCUCCGACAGUUUAACGCUCAUCAGAAUAAUUUCUGGUAAUCUCCGGUCAAAAGAAAUCAUCGAAUUGUAAAAGAUACCCGAUCGGUCCCCUCUGGUUUUACAGCAAUUUUUUCUAUUAUAUUUCUAGAUUAGUUGCCGAUGAUUUAACAAAAAGGCUUUUUAAGCUCAUUUUCCUUUGUUACGGACAUCAUGAUUUAGGCCAUUUUGAACUCAUUUCUUCUUCUUAGUUUUUAUAAUGAAAUAUUCAGUGACAAAAAAAUUGAUUAAUUCCAUUUUAGUUUUAAAAUAAUGUGGGUAACAAAAACUAGAGAUUAAUGUAAUAAAUAAAUCGAGCUAGCAUUUCAAGUUCAGAAAAUUGAUAUAUUUUGAUAAUUUAUGAUUUAAUAAUAUCAUUCGAUAGGAUAUACAUAAAAUAGGAGAACCCCAACAAUGCAGCUUUUUUUUUUUGUAGAGAAUCCCUAACCAACGCAAAAACAAACAAGCAUCAAUCAUCAAUGAUGGAUCGUAGUAUUACCGAAGGAGUUGAUUGCAUAAGCUCAAUGCCAGACGUGAUCCUCCACCAUAUUCUCUCUUUUAUUCCCAUUGGUCUCGCCAUCAGAUCUUCCACCUUGUCCAAACGAUGGAGGCAUGUAUGGUGCGAGACACCUCGUCUCGACUUUCGUGGCUAUCACCCAAUGGCAACUGCUCGCGAUAUAAACCAAACCCUAAUCUCCUACAAGGCUCCGAAAAUCACGAGUUUCCAUCUUUGUGUGAUCGUCUGGGUCCCUAAACUUGAGCCCCAGAUUAAUAACUGGAUCGAGUUCGCUGUGUCCCGUAACGUGGAGCAGCUGUUUCUGUCCUUCGGUUGUCGUGUUAAUCACGCGACUUAUCGUUUCCUUAACUCGUUCUUUAAUAGUUCCUCCUUACAGAACCUUCACGUCGAUUUUAUUACGGGGAUCCCCGGAUGCACGGUUUCUUGGAAAUCUCUGAGGUCAUUGACGUUGGGUCAUUGUUUUCAAUCUCUUGAUGAUGUUCUCUCUGGCUGUCCGGUUCUUGAAACCUUGACUCUUGGUUACUGUGGUGGAGUUCACAGUCUUGACUUGAGUAAGUCACCUACUCUGACAAUAUUGAAAAUCAAUCGCAGGCUGUACUGCUGGCCGACUCCAGGUUCAAUAGAGAUUGUAGCUCCGCACCUCCGUUAUUUGGAUUUGUUAAACACUCAUGAAACAUGUACUUUAGUUGAUGUCUCCUCUUUGACCAAAGCCAAACUUGACAUUCGCAUACAGGGAGACCCAUACCGAUACCAUUAUUAUUCUGAUGAUGUGAAGGCUGACUUUCUUCGACUUGAGAACAUGUUGUUAAAGAUGCUAGCACAACUUCGAAAUGUUGAGCUGCUUACUCUUGAAACAACCUUUCUUCAGGUAUAUACUAUUCUUGCAUUUUCUUGAGACCAUGCAAGUUUGUGUUUCAUUACCUGUUUAUGCUUAUAGAUUAUAUCUGUCGCCGAACUACGUGGUGUUUCUUUCCCAAUGCUCAAGGUCCAAACUUUGACCCUUCAUACCAAGAUUGCAAGAUCUGUUACUCCUGGCAUAACCAGGUUACUACAAAGUUCACCUACACUAAAGAAGCUUAUAGUAUACGCAACGGAACCGAAGUCCAUAGAGGUAUCUUUUUUACCGGAAAUAUUUUUUUUACCAUGCAGGCUAAUACUCUUUCCAUUUUAUGCAUAAUGUCAUUUUUCACACAAAUUGAAAUGGAUUUUUUUAUUUUUUUAAUUAAUAGUGUUUUAGAUAAAGAAAAUUAUUUAUAAAAUCAAUGCAUUAUAUUUUGUAACUAAUAUUAAGUUUAAAAAUAGUAUAAAUUGUAUUUGAAAUUAUAAAAUGACAGUAAAAAUGUCAAUAGAGGGAGUAUGUCUUUCACUUUUUUGAUGGGCUAAUUUGUAUAUAGGAUUUGAUAUGUUGUUGAAAAAAAUCUCACGUGUUAAUAUGAUUUGGACUUUAGAGUAACACUUUUUAUAUGCUCUACAGGAUAGGGAUCUGGACGAGUAUUUGGAUUCACAAGGCAUGAAUCUGGAUCAAUGUUGGAGACCAAAAUGUGAUGGGUUUCCUACCUCGAGUAAUUUACGUUUUAAGGAUGCAACGUGGUACUUGAAACUCGUGGCUUCGUUCAUAGAAUGGUUGCUGAAAAACGUAAAGACACUAGAGACUCUAGUUGUAGUGUUCGAAUAUCUUUCUUGCAGUGAUGAUGCAACAUGGUUUGAAGAGUUGCUUCGGAUGCUUCCAACGCUUUCUAACAACAAUAAUGUCUCCAUUGUGCUCAGACGCGGCUAAUGUAUUUGCAUCCACAUGUUUUAUUUAAAGUGUUAAUUUUAUACUUAAGUUGGAUGUUCAAUACUAUUUUGAUGUUACCAAAAAAAGAGUUCAAUUUUCUUUUGAAUCACUUAAUUAAUUGCUGUUAUCUGACUAACCAUUGCGCUUUUGUCUUUUUUUAGACUUAUUACAUGUUCACUAGAAAAAUUAUUGAUAAGAAUGCUC